UAUCCCUAUCCUACCUCCGUCCGCUCUCCCGAAUUGCUUUUUGUUCGCUUCCCCCCUUGCCUUCCGCACCCGCAGCCGCCGGCCGCUUCAAUUCGCCGACCCCAAACUCGCCGCCCCGACCCACCGGAACAAAUCGCCGCCGCUACAAUCCGACCUCCCAUCCAUCGCCGAGUUAUUCCGAGCGGAUUCGAGGCCCUUCAAUCGGAGCGGAGGCGCCGCGCGAUACGAUACCAGGGCAAUUGGAGGAGGAGGCGGCGGCCCCGGAUUUUUUUUUUCUCUCCGUGAUUUUCCUGGGGGCUGAUUUGGUGGGGCGCCUCUCGCGAUAGCCCUAUCUAGGGUUUGAGGGUUUGCCUCGGGCGGCGAGGCGGACCCCGCUGCGGCGCUAGGGUUUGGGUGCCUCCGCGGAAGGGCGGUCGCCGCCAUGCGCUGAUUGGUGGUGACGAGGAGGAAGAGGAGCGGGGCCUUGGCGUGGCAUUGAGGGCGCGGAUUGGGCCGCCCGACUCGCGGAUUGGAUCGGUGGAGGAGGAGGACCUCCCCUCUCCGCCGCCGCUGACUGGGUAGAUGGUGAGUGGUGCCCGUCGCCAUGGAGCAGGACAUACCCGCCUUCAAGCCGCAAUGGCUCAUGCAGGGCCAGGUCACCGCCACGGGCGCCGCUAGCCUCUGGGCUGCAGCUUCCUCGCGCAAAGAUUCUCAAGUUAAGAGUAGUACGUCAAGAAAUCGUUCAUCUGGGCACAAUCGUGACCAGAGUUCCCGGCAGUCUUCAUCACGGAGGAGUUCAGUCUCGAGUGGGCCCCGUCGGCUUGACCGGGAUGAAACAGGGAAGACAAGGGGCUAUGCAAACUUUGGAAGGAACAAGGAUAAAGAACGGGACAAGGAUUUUGAUUCCCGUGAUAGAGAGAGUAGGUCUGUUCCAGCAGAACGUGAUGGUUUUCAGUCAUUUAGCUCAUGUAGACCUGAAAGGGAUAGGUUAAAUCGUGCUCGCUCGAAGGCAGACACAUCAAGUAAGGGAGUAGUUAGUCUAAAUAAUGGUAGUACAUCUAGAAGCAAUACUGCUGGUGUCGUCUUUGAGCGAGAAUUCCCACAGCUUAGUUCGGAGGACAAGAAUGGAAAGCAAGACAUAAGCAGAGUCCCAUCCCCUGGUAUCACCACCCCAAUUCAGAGCCUGCCUCCGUUUACUCCAUCUGAUGGCUGGACUUCGAAGCUAGUAGGUGCUCCUGUAUCAGUUGAGCCAAAGAAAAAUCUCGUUGCCUCUUCUGUACCACAAGCUGCUCCUAGUAAAAAGCCUGAAGUAGCACUGAACAGUGGAACUGGAUUAAGCAUGGCGGAGACUGUAAUGCAAGCUCCUCAGAGAAUUUCCUUUGGACCUCAGCUGUCAAUUGAUGCUCAGAAGAUUGAAGAAAGAACUUUGAGACAAAACACCCUAAGACCUAUGACAUCUACAACAAGCAAAUCUUCUACUUUCCAGGUAACAAUUUCUUCCAAAAGAAAAGGAACAAGGAAUGGAGAUCUUGCUGGUCCUAGUAAGGCCAUACAACAAUCAUUAGCACUGCCUGCCAAUGGUUCUGUUCGAGCUCCAGUCAAAACAAAGCUUUCUCUUUCAGGAAGCCUUAAAAUCCUCAGUAGAGAGCAGAACGGUACCACACAGACUCCUAAGGACUCUCCUAGUAAUCCUGUGAGUCCUCCAGCUCAUGUAGCCUCAGUGGAACUACAGAAGCCACCUGUCAGCCAAAAGCCUAAGGUUUCGACACAUGAUCCUCCUCUAAUGCAAAGUCCAUCUGGUUUAGUUCCAAGACUUAAAUUCUUCGAGUCGCUGCGAACCAAGUCUAAUGGUUCAAGUUCAGCUGUUGAGUCAAGUUGUGAACCAUCUCCAUCCAGCGUAGUUGACACAAAACAUGAUUCUUGUCCUAAUUCUGGAAUGAAAUGCACGGGGAAUGGGAACUGUUUCUGUGAAGAAACAAAUUCUUCUGAGGGAUCUCAGCGACACCUCUCUGACAAUGAGGAGAACAAUUCUUCCUUUGAAUCUGCAGACAUUGCAGCUGUGGGAUCUCAGCAGCUUCUAGUUGAAAACGUGGAGUCUGACUCCUCAUCUGAGCUUGCCGACACAGGAGAUGAAGGAUUCCAGGUUUCCAUCUCAGACAAUGCAGAAGGUAGUUCCUCCUCAGCACUUGCAGAUUCAGAUGAUGGGUACAAGAAUUCCCAGUCUGGCAAUGAUGAAGCUAGUUCAUCGUCAGAGGCUACUGAACCCGAAGAUGAGGAGUAUGCAGCUGAUGCCAUAUUUACUGCAGAGGAUUUGGAUUUCAUGAUAUCACUUGGCUGGAGUAAAGAUGAAGAAGUGCAGCCUUUGGGUGCGGAAGAAAUUGCUGAUUAUGUGAGACGCCAUAAGGGGCUGGAGCAGAGGCUUUUGUCCAUGGAAGCCAACGCCAACAUAAAGAUAAUUCUCCUUCUUUGCGGGCAGAGCUAAGUGAGAGGCUGCAUAAGCCUAAGAAUACAGGAACAGGUUCUUCAUAAACCAGGUACUGGGAACUAUGGGAAGCAAUAGAAGGAGCUUUUUGCGAAAUGCAAUGGCUAGUCAGAUGGAGCGAUGGUGUUGGUUAUGUUUUGAUGCUGAGAAGGAUAGCAACGAGUCUUCGCAUGAGUUUUGUCUAGAUUAACAAAGUCGAGAUUUUUUUUCCUGCUGACGCUUGUCCAGCAACUUGGGGAGGUGGUUCACAAGUAGUUCUGACAAUUUUUGGCAUGUUGGAAACAUGAGUUUAGGAUUUGUCCAUCUUUUUCCCAGGAAUACCAAAUGUAGGUCCUGUCUUGCUGCCCUUGAGAAAUAGGUUGCAUUUUCCCCUUGUCAGGGCUUAUCUUUGUUUUGGCAAAAAAAAGAAGAUAAGGUGGAGUUUUCGAACGUGAAAUAGGUGAAUAUGAUUAUACUGGUCUCAAAAAGUUUCUCUCACUA